AUUUUGAAAAAAAAAUAUGGACCUAUCAGAAUAUUGAAUGUUAACCAAUAUAGCGAAUCUAUUAACACCCCAGAAGAAGGUGAAGAGUCAGAUCCACAACCAGAAAUGGCUCUUGAGAAAUAA